CUUGGAAAGGUGCGGUACCCACUUGGUAUAAUUCCAACCACGGUUCAGUCUCAGAAAGUGUUCUCGAAGCUGCGGCGGGCAACUGGAGACAUGGAGCAGAAAUCCUGACGCUCUUGCUGAACAGACAAUUGCGCAUGCCGCACUUCACCAGAAACCUCAUCGAGGCUGCAUGUGACAAUAAACAGUGUGGGCAUGAUAUCAUGCGCCUCUUUAUUAGGCUUGACCUGCUACAGGUUAGGCGGCUUACCUCAGAUGAUGCCCUCUUUGCAGCGGCGACGUGCGGCCAAGACAAGAUCCUCGACAUCUUCUCAAAGGACUUGGGAUUUGACAUCGGGGACAACCUCUACGCGCUCGCCAAAAUGUACAACGCUGCCUUGCAAGGCGAUGCAAAGCUCGUCCAAGGCUUGAUCAUUGACGGGGUAUAUCCCGACACGCCGAAUAGACGAAAUGUUACUCCCUGUGGAUGGCGGCUAUGAGUGGUCACAUUGAUGAUGUAAGGCGCCUCUUAGCAACAGGACGUGUCAGUAGCAACCGCCGAU